AUGAUUUCAAAAUUAGAAGGUCCAGAAAAAUUAGAAAGAACUAAGAUUUCUGAGGAUUCUAGUUUUUCAUCAUUAUCCAUGCGGAUGUUAAAUGCUCGAGAUUUUCCCGAGUCAAAAAAUCUUCUUAAAAACUGUCUUGAACUAGAACGUUUUCGGUUACAAAUAGUCGAACCACAGCUGAUGGUAGAAAGUAUAACCAAACUUGCAGGAAAGGUGGAUAAUGUUGUUACAGCUCUUUCCGAAACUAAUUUGGCCCUUUCUGUAACCAAUGGACAGCUAUCUAAACUUGUUGAUUUGUUGACGCUAAAAGAAUAUAAAAAAUAUCGUGCUCUGGCCUCGUCCUCUAAUGAUUCUUCUUAUAUGCGACUAGCGGCAGCUAAUUAUCGUGAAGCUUUGAUGCUUCUCUCAAGUGAUACUCCUAAUUCUUUUGUGGAGCAUCUUGAUAACGAAGAGAUGGCCGAUAAAAUUUGGCAAUCGUAUGAUGAAUGCUGGGUCGAUAGCGAAAAUGGAAUGGAUAAGAUUAUUAAUGGUGAAGUGGAUAGGAUAUUAAAAAGUAAAGGCGCGAAAAGCUUUAUCAAAGAAGCAAAGUCAGGACUGAACAUGAACGUUGUUGGGAACAUGGAAUGCAGUAUCGAUGAUGAAUAUGAUAUUCUAGAAGUUCCUGAUAUCAACGGUCUAUUGGCAAUCGUAAAGACGGAUAAACUCUCUGAUACGUCCGAAUGCAACCAGCCAUCAGCUUCAAUGUUAACGCCUGACGACUGCACUCUACAACAGACACAAUUGGACAGACACCAUACAGCUCAAGACGUCUCUCAAAAGUUGGCUCCGGAGCGUCCUCAAUCAAAGCGACAACCUCGUACAGCCUCAUCAUUGAUAUCCUCGUAUUUUAUUAAGAAUCCUAAUAAUAAGAAACCUUUAGCUAGAACGGAUCAUAAUCUAUUCGCGAAAAAUUGCAAGCCAAAUCAAAGCCAGACUAGCAAGAUGGACAUAGACGAUAAAGUUACGAACACUAAAAAUGCUGGAUUCGAUAAUGGACCGCCCAACUUGAAAACUAGCGAUGACAUGGAAGUCGACGAAGAUUGUGAAAAGCCUGCCGUGUGUGGGAGCUUUGUCACCGCGAAACAACAAUUAGCAGCCGAAGCAAAACGCAAAUCUCGUUUUGUUCAACAAUCUCAGAAUACCGAUGAGGGAGGCACACAAUAUAAUUACUCUGCAAAUUUACGUCGGCGUUUACUUGGUUCAAGCGAUGUUGGUAAGCGUGGCAAAUUUGUGUCGCCCUUGCUAAAGCGUGAAUGUGCAGAAGACGAUAGGGAGGUAACAAGGAAUAGAGCCAAGUUGCUUAAAUCAGUAGAAAUUGAAGAACAGAUUGAUGAGAGAUUGAGAAACAUUGAUCCAAAAAUGGUGGAGAUGAUUCAAAAUGAGAUUAUGGAUAAAACACCAAACAUCACAUGGGACGACAUUGCCGGAUUAGAACACGCAAAGAAAACAAUCCAGGAGGCUGUUACUUGGCCAAUGUUGCGACCUGAUAUUUUCACGGGACUAAGAGGACCACCGAAAGGGUUACUGCUUUUCGGACCACCCGGAACAGGAAAGACAUUGAUUGGCAAGUGUAUUGCUAGUCAGUCUGGGGCGACAUUUUUUAGCAUCAGCUCAUCAUCGCUGACAUCAAAAUGGGUGGGAGAUGGCGAGAAAAUGGUUCGUGCGCUCUUUGCAGUUGCACGGGUGAAUCAGCCAGCAGUAGUUUUCGUGGAUGAGAUUGAUUCACUGUUAACGCAAAGGACUGAUGGCGAAUUUGAGGGUGAGUUUGAGGACAGUAUGAUCAUUGAUUGGGCUGAAGUACAACUAUAUAAUCGUAUAAUUAUCACACUCCAAAACAGCGUCGCGUCGUAUAAAGACGGAAUUUCUCGUCCAGAUGGUGUUAAGACAGCAGCCGAGGAAGAAGACCGUAUUCUGAUCGUCGGUGCAACCAAUAGGCCACAGGAAAUAGAUGAAGCCGCAAGGCGUCGAUUUAGGAAACGGCUUUAUAUUCCACUGCCUGAACAUAAUGGAAGAUACGGGAUCGUAUGCAAUUUGUUGAAAAAACAGAAACAUUCACUGUCAGAAGAGGAGAUUCAUGAAAUAUGCAAAAGAACGGAAGGAUAUUCUGGAUCAGAUAUGGAUGGACUUUGUAGAGAGGCCGCAUUGGGUCCGAUACGCGCAAUCGAAGACAUCCGGAGCGUAUCAGCGGAUGAUGUUCGCCCAAUGACGUUUCAAGUGCGGGCAAGUGUUAGCACAAACGACUUGGAACUAUAUCAAACGUGGAACGAAAAAUAUGGUAGUUUGAGUUGA